AUUGUCAGCGGAGUGGAAAUUAUUCCGUGACUUGAUACAAUAUAUACUUUAGUGUUGGACCCCUCUUUUCCCCGUCCUUUGAUAUUCAUUAUAUAGUCUGAACUCAAAUAUCAGAGUUGGAAUUAGGACAACAAGUCAAAGCUUGAUCUUUACUCUUAUCAUAUCACAAUCAUCGACACCAAGAUGUCUUCUCUCACAGAUUCCACCACCACCUCCUCUCGCACAUCUUCGAUCAGCUCAGCAACGAGCUUGAAAAGUUCAAAUGACAACUCAAAUGCUGGUGUUGGGAAGAAGAAGUUUUGCUGUAGUUUUGCGGGAUGCGGAAAGUCGUUUUCGAGGAGCGAACAUUUACACCGUCACGCUUUAAACCACAAGGAUGGAAACCACACAUGUUUACGCUGUCGUGCACAUUUUCGACGUCGUGAUCUUCUUGGUAUGUCAUCUGCUUUGCACCAAAAUAUUUCUCGCGCCUAACAUAUAACGUAGACAGGCACAUGAAUCGUCAUAAGGAAAAGGAUGAUGAGGCUGGUGGUGAAGGAUUAGGUGUAUUGGCUACCAGAAAAAGACUUUGGAGAGACGCCGACGGAAACAUCGUAGCGACAAGAAGACCAUCAUAUGUGCAAGAAGGGACCAAGCGCAGACAAACAACCACGAGAGCGGACAGAAAAAUGAAAGUGAGCACUCGAACAGAUGCUCAAGAUCAAAUCGGCACUCACCAGUUAUUAUCUCCACCAAUGAACACUCCCACUAUUAGAUCAAGGUCGCCAUCUACGAUUGUGGUGGGUAGCGGAAGACCAUACCCAGAAGCUGAAGGACACCAAAGAUUUGAAUCACACCACUCUAUUCCAUGGAACGGUAUGACAGCAUCCAUACCAUCGCCGCCAACUUCAGAGCCCAGCAUCCGCUCUGCAAACCAAUCACCGGCUCCGGAACUCAAUGAUCUUGACGGGCUUUACGGAGAAACUAGCUGGCCCACAAUACCAAAUUCUCUACCUCAUGCUCCCUCUCUCAACCGUCAACUGCCCGAACCUACCGAAUACAACAUGGGUCCUUCACAUCAUUGGGGCUCACAACCUUUCCAAACUUUUAUGGGUGCCAUGCCGGAGGUUCCUGGGAGCUACGAUGAUAUAUUCAAAACUGAUCCGGGGAUGUAUGAGUGGCAGAUGCCGCAAUGGAACAACCAGAUGCUGAUGUCAAGGGUGAGAGAGGAGAAGCCUGGAUACGAGGCGCAAGAGGAAACGAAGAGGGAAUGGGGUUAUUCAUAUUCUGCGCAAGCGGGAAAUUUCCAUAGGACUUAUGGUGUUGGCAGGUGUUAAGAAAGGGAAAUUAAAUCAUGAUGAAAUGAAUAAAUGGUUAUGAAUGUCAAUCUGGUUGUGUUUGUGAAUAGUCUUGUGAAAUUAGCGGUUGAUACCAUAGAUAGUCUUAGUGGUCUGUAGCAAUUGAGAUAUUAACUGUG